GGACCUCCGUGGGCAACGGCACAUUAAUAUAACUACCACCUCCGCCAAUUUCAAAACCCGAACCCGAAUUUCCCAUUCCGGGUCCGACCAAUGUUCGGAAAGCUCUCUUCCUGUCCGUGCUUCGGAGAAUGGAGCUCCGACACUACCGAGACCGAUCUCGACCCGGUUCUGCUCGUCUCUGGCAUGGGAGGCUCCAUUCUCCACUCCAAGAAGAAGAAGUUCGGGUUCGAGACCCGGGUCUGGGUCCGGAUCCUACUGGCGGACCUCGAGUUCAGGAAGAAGCUCUGGUCUGUCUAUAACCCUGCCACAGGUUAUACAGAAACAUUGGAUGAUGCAACUGAAAUUGUAGUUCCCGAUGAUGAUUAUGGGCUGUAUGCAAUUGAUAUUUUAGAUCCGUCAUUGGUGAUAAAACUUAUACAUUUGACAGAGGUAUAUCAUUUUCAUGCUAUGAUUGAUAUGCUUGUUAAAUGUGGGUAUAAGAAGGGAACCACACUAUUUGGAUAUGGUUAUGAUUUCCGGCAAAGCAAUAGAAUUGACAAGUUAAUGGAAGGUCUUAAAGUGAAGUUGAAAGCUGCUCACGAAGCUUCUGGUGGUAGAAAAGUCAAUAUAAUUUCACAUUCAAUGGGUGGGCUGCUAGUGUUGUGUUUCCUGUCACUCCAUAAUGAUGUAUUUUCCAAGUAUGUGAAUAAGUGGAUUUGCAUUGCGUGCCCUUUUCAAGGUGCACCAGGAUGCAUCAAUGAUUCACUCUUAACUGGAUUGCAGUUUGUUGAAGGUUUUGAAAGCUUCUUUUUUGUAUCAAGGUGGACAAUGCACCAGCUGUUGGUUGAGUGCCCAUCAGUCUAUGAGAUGUUGGCAAAUCCAGAAUUUAAGUGGAAAAAACAGCCAGAAAUUCAAGUUUGGCGAAAGCAUUCCGUGGAUGGGGAAGCUUCUGUUGAUUUGGAAUCCUAUAGCCCAAUUGAAAGUAUCACUCUGUUUGAAGAAGCACUGAGGCGUAACGAGCUAAAUUAUGACGGACAAACAGUAGCUUUGCCCUUUAACUUUGAGAUUCUCAAGUGGGCUGCUGGCACUCGCCAAGUUAUGUAUGAUGCUAAAUUACCGGAUGGGGUCUGCUUCUAUAACAUUUAUGGAACAUCAUUUGACACACCUUUUGAUGUUUGCUAUGGUUCGGAAACAUCUCCAAUUGAGGACUUGUCUGAAAUAUGCCACUCAAUGCCCCAGUAUUCUUAUGUUGAUGGAGAUGGAACAGUUCCUGCUGAAUCAGUAAAGGCUGAUGGAUUUGCAGCAGUUGAAAGAGUAGGAGUGCCUGCUAGUCACCGUGGAUUGUUACAUGACAAAACAGUUUUUAAAUAUAUCCAAAAAUGGUUGGGGGUUGAUCCAAAGGUCAGCAAGCAUUUGAAGUCUUCCAAAGUGGUAGAUGCUUCAAAUUAGGUGGAACACGUGCAGUUUUUUUGUGCUGAAAAAGGGGCAUGUUUCACAUGUUCAUGUGUUUCUUGGUAAUUAUAUAUGUAUGUCUGACCCGACAGCUUGCUAUCAUAGCUUUGUAUAUUGCAAACCUCUUUGUAUUCAUCCUCUGUUUCUCCUCAUUCUGACAUAAUUUCCUAUUACUCAGUAAAAAAAUAUCUGUUAGUUUGAAUUUUUGAUAAA